UUCAAUCGACUAUAUCGUGUCGAAGUUUCGUCGUUGAAAAAUUUAAAUUUAACCGGCAAGGUUACUCAUCUAUUCGAUUCAUAACAAACUUGUCGAGUGUAUCAUACUGUUGAGCACUUCUCUACGAACAUGGAUUGCGAAGCAACAAGAAUUCUUCAAGUAUCUCUGUCGAAAAUAACGGACUCUCGCCGUCGGCGUGGCGGUCCUGUACUACGACGUAAUUUAUUAGUUUCCCACGUCUUAAACAACGUGUUAACCUCGACAGACUCAGCUUAUUGUACGUACAGAUCGAAAGUGGAGAUAGAUAUGGACAUAGAUGCUGUUGAAAACGAGCUUGUGCCUUUUGAUAAAUCGAAAAUGACGCCCAAUAACCCAGCUGGACCUGACGCAGGAAAUGCGAGACAUACAGUGCGUUCCGCGGCAAAAUCAAAUGAAAAAGUCACGGAAAUGGAACAAAGCGUGCCUAGCAAGGACAGGAAGGAAAGCGUAGAGCUUAUGAACCUUGAGAAAGCCUUAAUAGGCGAUAAAGAAUGUGAGAAAGUCAGGAAAACCGAACUUAAACGUGUCACUGGUUCGAAACGGCUGCGAUCUUCAGCGUAUGGUAAUGAACCUUGUGACAGCCACGCGGUUGACAACAAACGUUUGAAAACUGAAAGAAAUGAACUGCCAAAAACGGAACCGUCUCAUCAAGAACCCAUGGACAUAUCAGGACUUGUUAAUGUGUUCAGUAGUAGUUUUUCUGGACUAUCUAGUAUUCCUAGAGCAACCCCUUCGCUCAAGUCAAGUUUGGACUCCUUUCAAUAUAUUUCUCCCCCUGUUCAAUCAGUUGGCGGUGUAUUCGGCUGGUCGCAGACCAUCGUUGAAGCCUUUUAGUUUAGUUUUCAUUUCAUAUUUCCAAAUUUUUCCUUGUUUCAACAUAUUUGCCUUUGUUUAUUGCUGCCGUGCAACCACUGGCGACCGUUUGCAGCCAUGCUCGCGCAAAUGUUUUUGUUAUGAUGAAGCCAACUCAUUUAAAACUUACGUAAUAGCUUUUGCGAUAACUAUCUGUGGUUGACCUUUUCUACUUCAUACUUAGUAAAAGCGAUGGUAGGUUAUAUGAUCUGAUGCGUUAUUUUUCAAGUAUUUAGAGUUCAUAGUCGCUAAUUUGUAUUCUGACCGUUUUGUAAGAGUUCAGUAAGUUUGCUUGCCUUUUCGCUGGCCCUUUGAAAAGUGUUUUCUAAAAGCUUUGAACAUUUUUAUAGCAUGAACCUAGUUAAAUUACUGUGCAUCUGCUAUAUUUUUAUUCAUCUUUUGAGGGAGAAAAUUAUGAAAUAUUUGCUGAAUGUGUAUAAAUUGGUGGAAUAUGUCUUGGCAUGACACUGAGGUUUGAUAACGACUGUGUAAAUAACAGAGUUCUUUCUAUGAAAUUCAUGUAUACGAAAGAGAAAUAUUAUAUAAGAGAAAUAAAUAUUUUGAAAGAA